GCUUCGUGACCAUUCAGGUGCAAUGUGAAAAGCAACUUGUUUAAUACUGACACAGACUGAGAGGCCUCAUUGUUUGUAUGCUAAAGCCUGUAUUUUUCACUCAUCCAUUUUAAAUAGGCCUUAAUGUGCCCUUCUUUAUCUUUCAAGUACCCCCCCUGUGGGAAACCUCCUGUAAACAAACUGCUCCAUGCUUCUGAAAUUCCCAGUCGUAAAUCACCACUGACAAAAAAAUGUGGUCUAAAAUUGGAAAAUGAAAAAAUCCUAAAUAUGAAAUCUGGGGAAAUAACAUUUGCAAUGCAUGCCAUGUUUAAAUAAAAUAUUAAUGAUAAAAAUGAAGAAAAUAUUCUAAAUACAAUGGUUUUUUCCCUCUUGUCGACACCCAAUGUGGUCCGGCCCCGGCCAAACAAUGACCCGCUCCGUGUUUUACAAGCCUCUCCCCGCCGCAGUGGGAGGAAGUUGAACCACAAAGCAAGCAGUGCCACUGUGCUAGCAAAAAAAUAUAUAUAUAUAACAGAAAAAUACAACCGGAGAGGGACUGGACUGAAACAUGUGCCAUACUGGAGCUGGAAGACGAGCAGCUUGAUCGAAAGGAGCGGACGGAAACGCUUGGCACACGGCCAGCCUGGAAGCAGCGGACGAGACAACCGCGUAGCCGAGCGAGGGCUCCCCCAGCACGGAUAGAGCUGGUAGACAGGAGCCGCUCGCCUCGGUUCCCCUCCCCUCCUCGCUUUUACUUCAGAUAUAUCCACCUCGGUGCGGUCGGUUUACGACGGAACACCAUCAGCACAGUGGUGUAUAUUUUGUUUGUUUGUUUUUUUUUUUUCUUAAACAUUACCAGCAGUGAUUAUCAUUAUCUCCCGGUCUUUUUUUUUUUUUUUUUAAUCACAAGUCUACGGGCGGAGAGGGGAAAAGUUAUCGGUUAACAGGCAAGCGAACUACCGCUGGCCAACCGAGCUCCAUCACCCAGCAGCGCUCCCUCCCCCCUCCUCCACCAUCAGCGUCACCAUCAGCCCACAGUCAGUCGCUCUGUGCUGGGUCUCCAGGCGAGGAGGUUACCCCCCCCCACCCCGUGCAACGCUCGGGGUAACUCACCAAGCAGCUAUGGAUUAUUUUGUGAGAUUUUCUCAUUGUUUUUGACUCCACCGGACUCUCGGAGACUGUGUGUGUGUGUGUGUGUGUGUGUGCGCGUGUGUGUGUGUGUUUUCUCUCUUCUUUCCCGGAGACGCUGCAGAGACUUCCCCAAUACUCGCAGCCGUUAGCUUAUUAAGUCCAUCGCUUGUCUGAAACCGAGCCAGUGUUUCUGUUUAGUGCCCAGCUGGUGACUGUGUUUGCUACUGGCAACGAGGACAUUUUUUUUUUUUUUUUUUUAAGCGUCUCCUCUAUCGGCUGAAACAAGCCUGAAACUAGACGCAUUAGUUUGUUUGAUCUCUCUAUACAUUAUUCGUUAGUUAGCCACACUGGCUAGCAGGUUUCAUUUUGCUAGCUAGCAUGGUAGCUAACUAGCAAAAACGAACCCAAAUAUCGAUAUCGCCAGCAGGCUAAAGCGAGUUAGCUUUCGGGCGUGAGGAUUUGGCCGGUGAUUAGUCGAUCACACCCUCUCGCUUGGACUGGAUUUGGUGCUAAAUCCUCUUAAAGUGUUUAACUACAUCUUAUUCCUUUUUUUUUUUUUUUUUUCGCGGGCGACAUUUUUUGCGAUUGAUGAGCCGAUAAGGAGGAACAUUGCAGCCGAACACAGGAAGCCAGCAGCCAGCCAGCGAGCAGCGGCAACGAACGGCAACAUAAACAACAGCGGUGUGUGGAUUUUUAUUUAGGGAAUGCAGAUCAUGAGUCCGGGCUCAUCUUUAACCUGUGCUUGUGUGGUUUUAUUUGUGCCAAAUCGCACCUGAGAGACUUGCAAUUUUUUUUUUUUUUUUUUUUUUACAUCAGUGUACAACACAGUCAAGACGAAGAGGGAGCAGUAGCUUGUGGUUGAACGUUUCAACCUGUCGCUUCAUGAAUUUCCCUUUUUUUUUUUUUUCAGUGUCAGUGAUUGCUAUAUAAGAGGAAGAGAGCCAGCUACACGUGUUUUAUUACAGUAAAUCUUCUGCUGGGGUCAAGACACAGAAGAAGAAGAAGAAGGAGCCAGCCACAUUUCUUUUUUCUUUUACUCUGCAGCCACUAAAAUCAGGACAUUUUUUCUCUCUCUCUCUCUCUCCACCGCACAGUGUUUACAUUUAGAGGAAAAUCCCCGAAACACAUGCCGCACUGGAGACAAACCAGUCACAUUUCCAUCAAGAGGACCAGAGAAGUCCCCCAGGAGUCCUGUGGGAUUUGACAUCUGUCUCCAGAUCCUGCAUCUGGUGCAUCUACCUAUCUCUGUGAGACAUAUCACAUUACUAUAAAGCGAGGAAGGUACCGGCUGCAAAAAAAAACCCCAGAUCUCAUCUGGCUUCUCCUCGCAUUAUUUUUCCACAAAAAAAAGAAAAAAAAAAAAAAAAACGCACCCAAGAAACCUGCAUUUUUAAUUUUUUUGCACUAAAUGGGAUUACAAGGACGGUGAACUAGCGGGGCCUUGUGACUGUCAUUUCUUCAGUAACCUGUCACCCAAUGUCUUCCCUCCUGAAUUUCCUUUUUUCUUCUACAAUGAUGGUAGUUUGAGGCGUGAAGUGAGCAGACUACAAGCCGGAGACAACGACGCGGUUUCCCCCCUCUCCAGUCGAUGGUCAGCCCCGCCGUCCGCUCAGCCGGCCCCUGUCACGCACCUUGGCCCUUGAUGUUGGUCAUAUCUGGUGUAGGACAUUAUUUUUUAAUUCCCUAAAACAAAACCCGCCCCCCCACCCCCACCCCCUUCCCCACAGCCCCGGUUAUUUUAUUGAUUUGGUCGUCCCAGGGUCGAAAGAUGGCGGACCUCGAAGCAGUACUCGCCGAUGUCAGUUAUUUGAUGGCGAUGGAGAAGAGCAAAUCUACUCCAGCGGCCCGGGCGAGUAAGAAAAUCAUCCUGCCUGAACCCAGCAUUCGCAGCGUGAUGCAGAAGUACCUGGAGGAGAGAGACGAGCUGACGUUUGACAAAAUUUUCAACCAGAAAAUUGGCUUCCUGCUGUUCAAGGACUUCUGUAUGAACGAGAUCGACGAGGCCGUGCCGCAGCUCAAGUUCUACGAAGAAAUUAAGGACUACGAGAAGCUGGACUCGGAGGAGGAAAGGUUGAGCCGCAGUCGGCAGAUUUACGACGGCUACAUCAUGAAGGAGCUGCUGUCCUGUUCACAUCCUUUCUCUAAGAAAGCGGUCGACCAUGUGCAGAGUCACCUGGCAAAGAAACAGGUUCCCCCAACUCUCUUCCAGCCAUACAUAGUGGAGAUCUGUGACAGCUUGAGAGGGAAGAUCUUCCAGAAGUUCAUUGAGAGUGAUAAAUUCACUCGUUUCUGCCAGUGGAAGAACGUGGAGCUCAACAUCCAUCUGACCAUGAACGACUUCAGCGUGCAUCGGAUCAUCGGCAGGGGCGGCUUCGGGGAGGUGUACGGCUGCAGGAAGGCCGACACGGGGAAGAUGUACGCCAUGAAGUGUCUGGACAAGAAGAGGAUCAAGAUGAAGCAGGGGGAGACUCUAGCGCUCAACGAGAGAAUCAUGCUGUCGUUAGUCAGCACAGGGGACUGCCCAUUCAUCGUGUGUAUGACGUACGCCUUCCACACCCCCGACAAGCUCUGCUUCAUCCUCGACCUCAUGAACGGGGGCGACCUGCACUACCACCUGUCUCAGCACGGCGUGUUCAGUGAGAAAGAGAUGCGUUUCUACGCGGCUGAAAUCAUCCUGGGUCUGGAGCACAUGCACAACCGCUUCGUCGUCUACAGAGACCUCAAGCCAGCUAAUAUCCUGUUGGAUGAACACGGUCAUGUUCGUAUCUCCGACCUCGGCCUGGCCUGCGACUUCUCCAAGAAGAAACCCCACGCCAGCGUCGGUACUCAUGGUUACAUGGCUCCAGAGGUUCUGCAGAAGGGGACGGCGUACGACAGCAGCGCCGACUGGUUCUCCUUAGGCUGCAUGCUCUUCAAACUCCUCCGAGGGCACAGUCCCUUCAGACAGCACAAGACCAAAGACAAACAUGAGAUUGACCGCAUGACGCUCACCAUGAACGUGGAGCUGCCAGACUCGUUCACUGCAGAGCUCAAAGACCUGCUGGAGGGGCUGCUACAGAGGGACGUGUCCAAGAGGCUGGGCUGCCAGGGCCGAGGAGCUCCAGAGGUGAAGGAGCACCAGUUUUUCAAAGGCAUCGACUGGCAGCAGGUGUACCUGCAGAAGUACUCUCCUCCUUUAAUCCCUCCCCGGGGGGAGGUGAACGCCGCCGAUGCUUUCGACAUCGGCUCUUUUGAUGAGGAGGACACCAAGGGCAUCAAGUUGCUGGACAGUGACCAGGAGCUGUACAAGAACUUCCCUCUGGUCAUAUCGGAGCGCUGGCAGCAGGAAGUGGCGGAGACGGUGUACGAGGCCGUCAACUCGGACACGGACAAGAGCGAGGCUCGCAAGAGAGCCAAGAACAAGCAGCUGGGCCACGAGGAGGACUACGCUCUGGGUAAAGACUGCAUCAUGCACGGAUACAUGCUGAAGCUGGGGAACCCCUUCCUGACUCAGUGGCAGCGCCGAUACUUCUAUCUCUUCCCCAACCGUGUGGAGUGGAGGGGGGAGGGCGAGUCGCGGCAAAACCUGCUGACGAUGGAGCAGAUCGUGACGGUGGAGGAGACGCAGAUUAAAGACAAGAAGUGCAUCCUGCUGCGCAUCAAAGGAGGGAAGCAGUUUGUGCUGCAGUGUGAGAGCGACCCGGAGUUCGUGCAGUGGAAGAAGGAGCUGACUGAGGCGUUCACAGAAGCUCAGAAGUUGCUGCGUCGCGCCCCCAAAGUCAUCGGGAAGGGGCGGGCCGGAGUGGUGGAGCUCUCCAAACCCCCCCUCACACACCGCAAUAGCAAUGGCCUGUGAAUACACACAUUAUAUAUAUAUAAAUAUAUAUACAUAUAAACACACAACACACACG